AUGACUUCAGACUUCCUGGAGAAUUUAAAGGAGGAGGUGACCUGCCCCAUCUGCCUGGGCCUCCUGACAGAACCCCUGAGCCUAGACUGUGGCCACAGCUUCUGCCAAGCCUGCAUCACUGCAAACCACAGGAAGUCCAUAAUAGACCAAGAAGAGGAGAGCAGCUGCCCUGUGUGCCGUAUCACUUACCAGCUCAGGAACUUGCGACCCAAUCGGCAUGUGGCCAAAAUAGUGGAGAGGCUCAGGGAGGUCAGGACAAACCCAGAGGGGAGGCAGAAGAUAGAUCAGUGUGCACGCCAUGGAGAGAAACUCCUACUCUUCUGUGAGGAAGAUGAGAAGAUCAUUUGCUGGCUUUGUGAGCGAUCUAAGGAGCACCGUGGUCACCACACAUGUCUCAUUGAGGAGGUAGCCCAGAAGUACCAGAAAGUGCUCCAGGAAGCUCUGGAGAAGCAGAUGAAGAAGCAACAGGAAGCUGAGAAGUUGAAAGCUAACAUCAGAGAAGAGAGAAAUUCCUGGAAGAUUCAAAUACAGUGUGACAGAGAAAACAUCAAGGCCCAGUUUGACAAACUGAGAGACAUCCUAGAGUCUGAGGAGAACGAUGAACUGCAAAAGCUGGAGAAAGAGGAGGAAGAUAUUCUGGAUAACCUGGCCAAGUCUGAAACUGUGCUGGUCCAGCACAGCCUAUUGGUGGGAGAGCUCAUCUCAGAUGUGAAGCAUCGGUUGCAGAGCCCAGCAAUAGAGAUGCUGCAGGAUGUGAAUGACAUCAUAAAAAGAAGUGAGACCUUGAUGUUGAAGACACCAAAAACUUUUCCCAAGGAGCAAAGGAGAGUGUUUCAAGCUCCUGAUCUGAGAGGAAUGCUCCAAGUGUUUAAAGAGUUGAAAGAUGUCCAACGCUACUGGGUUUAUGUGACACUGGCUCCAAGCAACAAUUCAUAUGUUGUCAUUUCUUCAGAUAAGAGACAAGUGGUACCUGUGUGCAAUCAGAGAUAUCUUGGUAUCUAUGUGAUUCCUGACCAUUAUUAUGGCAUCCUGGGCUUCCCAGUUAUUGCCUCAGGGAAACGUUACUGGGAGGUAGAUGUGACCCAAAAAACUGCUUGGAUCCUGGGUGUAUGUGUUGAAAAAGCCUGCCCACAAAAUAUUGUGAAGUGUUAUAACUUAACAGGAAAUUAUCAACCCCAAUAUGGCUACUGGGUUAUAGGAUUGAAUAAUACAGGUGAAUAUAAUGCUUUUCAAGAUUCGUUACCUUCUGCUCCUCAUCCUCCUUCUGCUCCUUCGAUCGUGACCCUCUCCCUGACUGUUGCACCUAAUCGUGUUGGAAUUUUCCUAGACUAUGAGGCUGGCACUGUCUCAUUUUUCAAUGUCACAAACCAUGGGUUUCUCAUCUAUAAGUUCUCUACACGUUUUGCUUGUCCUGUUCGUCCAUAUUUCAAUCCUAUGGCAUGUCAAGUCCCCAUGACUCUGUGCUGA